UUUUCAGUAGUCUGAUUAUUGUUUGGCUCUUUUUUCUUUUUCUUUUUUUUCUCUCCCAUCUAAUGCAUCUCUAAACCUGAUCACCAUUCCAGCUCUCGUUUUAAUUCUUAGAGAAUAUUAUAGGUCCACUGCAUCUUCGUGCAGCAGAGUUCACUCUACAUGAAUAAAUUAUGAUGCCUGCCUGUGAGAUAGGCUGGGAGGCACUGCAUCUGCCUAUGCACACAAAUGGUCUCUGUGCAGCUCAGAGCGCACCGAUUACCAUUCCGAGCACAGCACCUCUGGUCAGAAAUGGAGCUGGGUCGGUGGCUGACAGCAGUCCGGGGGCAAAAGAGGGACGAUACAGCCGACAAUGACAGCAACCUCUCAGUCAAUCUGGAUUAACUCAGGCUGAGCUCCGCGUCGCCAACAAAAGCCCGUGAAAGCGAGACGAACAUCUGGUAGGAUUCAGCGCAAACACCAGCCACUCACAGCACGGUGUAUUAAGGCAGCCUAUCGCCACAAAAGGCGUUUUCUCCUCUCUCCGGAGGUGCACAUAGACGGAUGCGCAUAGAGGCGAUCCCGCACAGCCCCUAAGCCAGAACGGGACCCUCCAGGUUGCGCGUUUUUUUCUUUUCUUUCAUUUUCUUUCUUUUCCCCCGCUUUCCAGAUGGGGAAAAUCUGAGUGACAUUUUACUGGUGUGAAGGAAGGAAUCGUCCUUUAUCAGUUGGUUAUGGAUUUCUUGAAGGGCAUCGCUGGCUUUGCAGGCCGUUAUGUAUUAUAGGAUCCCAAGACGCUUGUUUCGGGACACCUGAAUUAUCUCAAAAGAGCCACCGUCGGUCCCAUUUUAGGCAAGCCACUGUUAGUAUGCUCGCAGCACCUCUGGGAGGAAAUAAGCUCAAACCCACCCUCCUUUGACUCGGCUUGAUGUUUCAUCUGCAAGGGGUUGUGGCUGUGUAACUAACCCACCAGUCCAGGACCUGCACCGCAAGGUCUGUUAACCUGAUUUAAAGCCAAAUGGAGUCGUUUCUGGUGUAUCUGAUUGUUCUUGGUGUGGCUAUAAAGGCACAUAAAAUUCAAAUUUGCCCCAAACGCUGUGUCUGCCAGAUGCUUAAUCCCAACUUGGCAACAUUGUGCGAUAAGAAGGGGCUCCUGUUUGUGCCCCCUAACAUCGACAGACACACGGUGGAGAUGCGGCUUGGGGAUAACUUUGUAACCAGCAUUAAACGCAAAGACUUUGCAAACAUGACCAAGCUGGUAGACCUGACCCUGUCUCGCAACACUAUCGGCUCCAUCGCACCUUAUGCCUUCAAAGACCUAGAGAACCUACGAGCCCUUCACCUUGACAGCAAUCGGCUAACUCGCAUCACCAACGACACCUUCAGUGGCAUGUCCAAACUUCACCACCUCAUCCUCAAUAACAACCAGCUCACCCACAUCCACAUCGGGGCCUUCAAUGACCUAACAGCAUUGGAGGAGCUGGACCUUUCUUACAACAACUUAGAAAGCGCCCCAUGGGUUGCCAUUCAAAGGAUGUCCAAUCUCCAUACACUCAAUUUAGACCAUAACAUGCUCAGCUACAUCCCAGAAGGUACAUUCUCUGGGCUACAGAAGCUUAAAAGGCUGGAUGUGACGUCCAACAAGCUCCAGAAACUUCCACCUGACCCUGUUUUCCAAAGAGCAGGGGUCCUGGCUACAUCUGGAAUAAUGGGGCCUUCGUCAUUCGCGUUGAGCUUUGGAGGGAACCCACUGAGGUGCAACUGUGAGCUGCUAUGGCUGCGGAGGUUGCGGAGGGAGGAUGAUCUGGAAACGUGUGCUUCGCCGCAACAUCUUGCUGGACGUUAUUUCUGGACUGUUUCAGAGGAAGAGUUCCUCUGUGACCCUCCUCUCAUCACCAGGCACUCUCAGGAGCUGCGAGCUUUGGAGGGCCAGAGUGUGACCCUGCGCUGUAAAGCCAGGGGCGACCCCGACCCCAUUAUCCACUGGAUCGCACCAGACGGGCGCCUUAUGUCUAACUCCUCCAGGGCCGUGGUCCACACAGAUGGAACACUGGACAUCCUCAUCAGCACUGUCAAGGACUCAGGUUCCUUUACCUGCGUCGCUUCCAAUCCAGCUGGAGAGGCUCAGCAGACAGUGGAUCUGGUCAUUGCUAAACUCCCUCAUGUCACAAACAACACAAUUGCAGAGCAGGAGCCUGACCCUGGAUCAUCAGAUAUUGCCACUGUAACCAAGACAGGGGCAGAAACAGGAGGGGUGCCUCUGGGGAAUACAAAGACAAGCCAAGAGAAGAAAGUAGUAAUUGCAGAGGCCACCUCUACCUCAGCCCUGGUCAAGUUUAACUUCCACAGGAGUAUUCCUGGAAUCCGGAUGUUUCAAAUUCAGUACAAUGGGACUUAUGAUGAUUCACUGGUGUACAGAAUGAUACCCCCGACCAGUCAGAACAUCCUUGUAAACAACCUGGCGGCUGGUACCCACUAUGACUUGUGUGUGUUGGCCAUCUACGAUGAUCAGGUGACUUCGCUGACCGCUACCAGGGUGAUAGGUUGCAUCCACUUCACUACCGAACCGCAGUACCUGAGAUGCCAUUUCAUGCAGUCCCAGUUUCUUGGUGGCACCAUUGUGGUUAUCAUCGGAGGAAUAAUUGUAGCCUCCGUGCUUGCUUUUAUCAUCUUCCUCAUUGUGCGCUACCGGGUGUGUAACCAAGGAGAUGCAGAUAAGGCACUGGAGAUGGGGGAUAUUCGAUCCCUGAGCAGUGAUGGACAGCUACAAGGCUGUGGGAUACCCAAGUCUCUCUCUAAGCAGGUGUUGCGUCCAGAGAAGAAUGACAAGGACUGCCUCAGAGUCGCCCUCCCUCCCCCAGAGCCAACCAAGCAGCGGCCACCUGUGACUGUACCCACCACAAAACCCUCUGUCCCUGACUGCACGGUCUCUACCUCUGCUGGCAGUCACAGCUGGCACCCGGCCUCCCCAGGAGCUCCAAGGCCCAAACGUUCCAGUGCUCCACCAAAACCCUCAGAGGGAUGGCGAGCUGAAGCUCAGGCAGAUGUUGAGCUCAAUAACAUGAACCGGAAUAACUCAUCAGAUGUUAAAAUGGCUACCGGCAUUGCUCUCGCUGUGCCCGGCCAGCCUACCAAAUGGACUGCUGCUCCCAGGGGUCCACGACCCCACCAUGCUUCACGACACUAUAUGACUGUGCCUGCAGGCGGAAUAAGGGUGAACCGCAGGCAUUCGCUUCACGCAGACUCAUACAGGGAGCGCUGCUAUGUGGCCUACCCCAAAACUGGAGCCAGUCUACGCUCCAAGCGCAGCCUGUCAAUGAGCGGAGAGCUGCCACAGCUUGACAGCUCAACAAACAUUCACCGAGCCAGAGACAAACUCUCCAGGUCUGAGUGGCUGCUGGAGAGCACUUUAUGAUUUGAAGUUAAUGACCUGCGCUCUCUUGUAUUCUUGGAUUGGAUUUGUGGCCAGUUGUGGAACAGAUGCCUUGUUCUGAGCUUUAGUGCUCUUUGUUGACGGACCUGUGGAAGGCAGGCACACAGGGUUAUGGGAAAUGUUUCACAUUGUUUUCUACCUUAUAACCUCUCAAAGUCUUCUUUAUAACAGUGGAUCAAACUUUGAUGAAAGGCACAACACAAUGUAUAAAACAUCAUGUACAAAAAUGUUUAGUUGUGUGAGAUACUAUAUAUCUCAGUGCAACCAUAAGUGUUCAUGUGGUAUUGAAUGCAGUAACUUGGACAUACUGUAUUAUAACAAAGAAAGCAUCACACAAUGGAUGGAGUAAUUCUGCUCACAGUCUCGAUGUCUGUAACUUAAGGUGAAACAAUCUGAAGACUUCGAGCGUGAUUUUCUUUUUUUUCUUUUUUUCAGUCUGUAACGCCACAGACGGAUGGUGAUGUGACUUAAUUACUUUGGUGGUGGUUUGGAGAGAUUAAGAAUGUUCCUUUUAUCCCAGAGAUGUGGGACCAGAAUGUAGAAGACAGACAGUGCUCCAGCUUUUCAUCCCAACCCUCCCAGACACAGCACAAUGCAGCAUUUUUGUGGCACAAAGUCGACUCAGCCUAAUACUGCCCUCCGGUUUGAAUCGAUACAUUUUUAUCACAUAAUUACAUAAAGACUCAACUCUGAUAGGAUUCCUGUCAUGAUUGAUUUGAGAGACCACACCAAUAGCACGACAGGUGCGGCAGGUAAUCUGAUAUUAUGUGUGGAUGAGAUCCAACGGGAUGGCUUAUUUCCAUAUUUUUACUUACAGACAUUAUUAUGUCAUGGCGACAACAACCAUUGUAAAUUAACUUGUCGAUGUAAGAGAAAAGGGUAAUUACAGGAAUGGGAGGACGUCUGCUCUUGAUUUUGCUGUUGUUUCUGUUUGAUGUUUACCAGUAUAAAUAAACCAGUGAUA